CGCAGUCAAAGCACAGAGGGAAACCUGGGAGUUCGCAGUAGAUAGGGCGAGGUGUGAAACAGAUAAAAGGUGGCACAUUUUUGGAGUGGAUUUUUGUUUGGCUUUAGAAAGGAGAUCGGCAGUGAAGGUUGAAGUUGUCAAAGCCAAACUCAGAUUCUUCAGAGGCUUUCCUGAUGGCAUCCAAUAUGACCGCCACCGCCCAAAACUCCUCCUCUGCCUCCUCUUCUCUGCCGAUCAGUGCCUCAGCCCAGGUCGGCAUCGCCAUCCUGACCUUGGCGUUUCUGCUGGGCUUCCCCGGGAACCUGUUUGUGGUUUGGACGGUGCUCUGCCGGGUGAAGAAGCGCUCCGUGACCUGUUUGCUGGUGCUGAAUCUGGCUCUGGCGGACGCUUUCGUGCUGCUCAGUGCCCCCUUUCUCCUGCGCUACCUGGCUGGAGGCCAGGGCUGGGAGUUUGGCACGGCAGCAUGCAAGCUGCUGCAUUACCUGUCAAACGUGAACAUGUACGUGUCCAUUUACCUCAUCUGCCUGAUGAGCAUGGACCGCUGGUUGGCCGUAACGAGGCCUUUUCUGUCCCAGAGAAUGAGAACCAAGCGCUCCCUGCUGGUUCUCCUGCUGGGGGUCUGGGUGUUGGCGUUCAUCCUGUCGGUGCCGAUGCCUUUCUACCGCAGCAAUCUGAGGAAGACACUGCCGAACAAUGUCACCUUGACCUUUUGCGUCCCGUACCACUGGAAGAGCGUGGGUCACAAGGUCUUCCAGUACCUGUUUGAGACCACCAUGGGCUGCCUGGUGCCUUUCUCCCUCAUCAACACCUGUUACGCCUGCGUCAUCUGCCGCCUGCAAAGCGCCAAGUUCCAGCGCAGAGGACAAGGCAGCCGCCUCAUCCUGCUGAUCAUCUGCGCCUUUGCAAUAUUCUGGCUGCCCUAUCACAUCGUCAACAUGAUAGAGGUGGUCGGUCUCCUGCAGGGCAGCGAUUCAGUGCUCAAGGCUGCCAGCACAGCCCGCCCAAAUGUCACAGCCUUCGCUUACUUCAGCAGCGCUGUCAACCCCAUCCUCUACGUGUUCGCCGGCAGCUCCCACAUCCGCCAGGCCGGCCUCAGCUUCAUGGGCAGGCUCUUCGAGGCCACCAACUCGGAGAGCAGGACCACGUCGACCUUCGGCCGGAGCGGCCGCAGCAGCUCUUCGCCGGACGAGAGCUCCGCCUUGCAGGCGCUGUCGGUCAAACUGGGGAGGCCAUUCAAAAGCAAGAGCAAGGGGAGAAGCAGCAGUGUGGCGGGCAACGAGGUCCACGAACCUGAGCUCAAGACUCUGGCCAGCGUUGAGCAGUUAGAGUAGCAUUGUAGCUUUGCUCCAAACCUAAGCUAUCUCCCUUGGACUACUUCUUAAUGAACUAAUUAGACUCAGACUGUGUUGACUUCUGAUUAUGUAAUUUUUUGCUUGUUUGCCAAAGCUCUUUGGAGACGGUGCUUUCUACAUGCAUCUAUUUAAUUGUGCAUACUUAAAAGGAAGAUGACUGCAUUUAAGACUAGACUGAAAUGGCACCACCACCACAACUUUUGUAUUGAUUGCCAUGUACUGUAACAACUCCCCCUGUCUUUUCCGUUAGCAUCAUCUUUAAUCUGUCCAGUACUUUGAUGUAGCCGUAUGCAUGUAUCUGCAAACCUAAUAGCAUUCCCAUCAGCCUCAACUGAUUAUGAACACGCUAACAUGCUAAGAUUAGCUGAUGAACAUGGUGAACAUUAUACCAGCUGUUAGCAUUGUCACUGCAGCAGUUAGCAUUUAGUUCAAAGCACCUCUGUGCCUAAGUACAGCCUCACAGAGCUGCUAGCAUGGCUGUCCUAAUCAAAGCACCAGAAACCAAAAUCAUCAUCAUUUUGUCUUUAUUUUAUAUGAUUUCUAACCAUGUCCUUUAUUGUUAUAAGCCUAAAAUAUAAUUUUGGCUUGUAAGGCAGCGACUUUAUGCACACAACAGUAAUUUGUCUAAAUUAUCUAAGUUAUGUAAAUUGUCACAUAUUUUUUAAAUGUGUGGGGAUAUAUAUUUUUUUAUUUUAUAGAAAUGUGUGUGUUCAUUUGUGGUCAAAAAAGAAAAAGACAAAAUGUGUUAAUAAAGUUUUUUUUAAU